AUGAUCGAGUUGCCCUCGGGUUUCUUAAGAAUUAUCGACCCAGCAUACAGCAAUGGGCUCUGGGCGAAUGAGAAACUGAUGGAUGCAGAUGACAUCGAAUUCGAAGCACCAACUCCUCCGGUAACAGGGGUUAUUGGAGGAGCUGGAUCAUACGCAGCCGUUGGAGCGCGAAUGGUCGCUGGACAAGAGCAUUCAAACACGGUGGGCUGGAUUGUUGACUGCGGGUCCGACUUCCCAGGGACUAUAAAAGAAACCAUUCUAUCCUGGAAUACCCAUUGUAUUUUUAGGGAAGAUCACAGUCGGCUUACUACAAGAGGAUGGAACGGAUAUGGGCCAGAUGAGAAAAGAGAUUUUAGAUACUUGACACCAAAAUUACGUUUGGACGAGGAAUCCCUGACAAAUUCUCUCCUGCUUUCAAAAACGUUCCAUAUAAUUUGUUCCUCGCUUCGGUGCUGUGAACUGGUUGACGGCAUUUUGAAAAGGAGGUCUGAGGUGCUCAAAGAAACAAACAUUGACAGUUCUCAACUUAGGGCACGACCUAUUUUCGUAUGGGAACCUGUUCCUGACAGGUGUUUCCCAGAAGAACUGGAAAAUUUCUACAAAGCUAUACGCUACGUUGACGUAGUCAGCCCCAAUGAAAAUGAGCUAGCACGAUUUUUCGGCGGAACGGUAUGGACUGCAGCCAAUCCGCAAGAUCAAAGAAUUGCUGCAAAGAUCACUCAGUUUGGUAUUGGCCCUAAGGGCGACGGUAUGCUCGUCAUCCGGGCUGGGAAGGAUGGAUGCUAUGCUUUUUCAAGAAAUGGCACGUUGAAAUUGCCAGCGUACAAAUUUGUUGACGUGGUGGACCCAACUGGAGCAGGAAAUACAUUUCUCGGAGCCUUAGCACAAGGCUUAGUGAGCUCCGGGCGUGCACCUUUUAAUGUAAUACAGGGAAUAUGUGGGUCCUCAGUAUGGUGGCCUGGCAUUAAAUGUAACUGGGGAAACGACGAAGAAACUCCUACUGCAUUGAUCUGCGCUAUCAUUGCAGCUAGUUUUGCGAUCGAACAAAUAGGUUUACCCAAGAUCUCAUUCUCGAAUGAAGGAUUCGAGUGCUGGAACGGGAGUCGUUAUACGGAACGAAUCCGUCUGUACAUGACGCAGCUCAGGGAUUUGUAUGAUACAUUUUCGAAAGGUAAUAAAUAG